AUGCCGAAGGCAUCUGUAGAAAGCACCGGGCAGGCGGUAAUAAGGGAAGAUAAAACUACCACUCGUUUGAGAGUGGUAUUUGACGCGAGUUCUCAUGCGAAAGGACAGUUGUCGUUAAAUGAUUGUUUACAUACUGGUAUCAAUCUCAUUCCAGAUCUUUUUGAGAUUUUAAUAGGUUUUAGAGAACAGGCUGUUGCCAUAACUGCCGACAUAAAGAAGGCCUUUCUGCAAAUACAGAUUGCCGAAGAAGAUCAGAAUUAUACUAGUUUAUUCUGGACGGAAGAUCCGGAAAAGGAAGAAGAAGAAAUUUUCAAGAUGACUCGAGUUCUUUUCGGUGUCAAAGCAAGCCCCUUCCUCCUUGCAGCUACAAUCCAAUACCAUCUAAAGAAGUAUGUAGAACAAUUUUCUAAUACCUGUCAAAUGCUAGAAAAAUCAUUGUAUGUCGACAAUUUAAUCUGUAGCCAAAGAGACUUUGAUUCAGCUUUUAAAAUAAGCCUAGAAUGUUAUAACAUCCUUAAAGAAGCGAGCAUGGAAUUAAGGAAAUGGAAAAUUAACUCAGUCGAGCUUCGUGAUAAAUGGAGAGAGGCGGGUUUAGAAAUGGAUGAAGAAAAUUAUUCAAUUAAUGAUAACUCUGCUUUAACUCCUUGUAAAGUGCUAGGAUUGGCCUGGGAUUCCGAUUUAGAUAUUAUUCCAGUUUGA